CUCUCGCCUUUGAUUUAUAUUAGAAGAAGGCAAGAGUUUCAGCCUCGCUUCCUCCCCACAGCGCUUUUUCUUCCUUUUUUUUUUUUCUUCUUCGCAGCGAAGCGAAGGGUUGGCUUGCACCGGGGUUCCUUUUGCAACGCGGCUGCUUUUCACGAACGGCGAGGAUGAGGGUCAGCGCGAUAGCGGGGCUGAGCGCUUUGGUCUUUUGCUUCCAAGCGGUCUUCGCGCAACCAAUGGACAUCAGUCUACCCCCUGAGGACCAGGAUUCAUCUGGAGAUGACGAUGAUUCAUUUUCUGGUUUAUCAUCGGGUGCAGGUUCUCCGAUAGAAGAUGAAGUGAUUGCCUACAAUGUUCCAUUACAAGAAAGCACAAAUACUUCUCUGAUGCCUGAAGUUUCUACCAGCUUUAGAGAUGCUCAAACAAAGGUUCAAGUAACAGACAGCCCUGCGGAAGAUUAUUCAAGGGUACCUGUCUCUACAGCAAGCAUACCCGAGUUUCCAGAUACUGCUGUCGUAUCCAAGGAGCCACCAGUAACUCUCGAAGGCUUUGACUCAAUUACGGAGCCAGACACAACAAAACCUGCUGCGUUGACAACAAGCCUCCCAAUAGCACAUCACGUUUCCACAGCCAGAAUUACGACUUCUCGGGCUGCUAGCACAGUCAAAUUCAUUGAUAUUCAAGACGAAUCUAAUAUUGACGAAACACGCUCGCUUGGCAUGGUGCCAGAAAGUGAGAGAAAUUUGAAUAGUGCCCUACCCACUGUAGUGUCUUCUACUGCUGUAACGGAUAACUCUCCACUACCUGAAAAUGAUGGCUUCCAAGAAUAUGGUUCUGGUGAUCAGGGAGAUUUUAUAUUUUCAACACAUGAGGAAAAUCAAAUGAAUGCAAAGGACGUUGAAACAGAAAAUAGGAUGGCCGAUACAGAAGCCAAGGACGCAAAAUCCGAAGGGUUAAUGGACAGGAAAGAAGUGCUAGGAGGAGUCAUCGCUGGUGGACUCGUAGGCUUACUCUUUGCUGGAUUCCUAGUUGCAUUCAUGCUAUAUAGAAUGAAGAAAAAAGAUGAAGGAAGUUAUUCAUUGGAUGAGCCAAAACAAUCGAAUGGAGGCUAUCAAAAACCACACAAGCAAGAAGAAUUCUAUGCAUGAACACACUGAGCGAAAACUAAAGACCGUUUUCUUAUUCCUGGACAUCAUGAGUUCUCGCUGCAAUUUAAAAGGGGGGAAAACUAAAAGCCAUAAGACUGAAUCUAAGGCUCUGCCUCCUUGCCAUUGGGAACUAUAAUUUCUCCAAAGUCAAUCGGGAUUAAUAAAAACCUUACCUGCUUUCUUGCACAAAAGAUUACCUGUAAAGUGGGACUUCCUAUCUUGUCUAAAGACUCCUAGGGGAAGAUAAGGAAUCAACUGUAUAUAUAUAUGUGUGUAUAUAUAUAUAUAGUCUUGAUGUCUUACGAACGCACCGAGGAAUUCGUAUGGUACAAUAUGUGUGUUGUCAGAGAUUACACCCCCCUCCCUCCCCAGCAAAAUUGGCUAGCCACAUUUUAGAAAAUAAUCUUUUUAAAGACAACGGUGUGGCUUUCGGCAGUUAAUUUUCCCCAUUUUGGCCAUUAAUGCUAAGUCCCUGAAUAAAUAAGCCAAUAGUGUGGGAAGUCCACCUGAAAAGUUACAGAUCUGACCAGAGAGGUGGAGUUCUCUAAUAGAAGUAUGAUUCCACUAGAGCUCAGUGGGAGAAAUGGUGUAUCACCGAUGCUUCAAAUUCUGAAGCAACCACCUAGGGAAGUAGAUAUUUAAGACGUUCACCCCUUUUCCUCUUCUUUUGAUCUUACUGCAAUAUCUCUGCUGCUCGCUGCACAAAACCCCCACGCCAGUCCUAGCAUUGGGACCAGUACUUUUUCUCUACCUCUUCUGCACUGAGUUUUUGAUAAUGGCUUCUCAACACUGCCGCCUUGAAACUUCUCUCGCAUAGUAUCUAGAAUGCCAGGUGUGGCCUGCAACUUACAGGAUAAAGCAUGCCAAGGCUAAUGAGGGUUCCUGUUUCUGCCAAAUCCCAGGGAUUAGAAUCCUAUUAGAUUGGUGUUUGCAGUAGGAAUUCAGGGAGCGCACCUUUUUGACAUGCAGGGCCUAGGGGAAUUAUGUACAUGGGUGAUGACUUUUAUCUCGGUCCAGCCGAGAACAUUAAGAGAUUUUGAAGUUCAAAGAUCUUCAGAAAUUAUUUUGUGUAGAAGAGGGAGGUAGGAAUGGAUUGUGUGCCUUCAUCACCGUUGUGGUGUCCCAAAUUUAAUGUCGGGAGGUGAUGGCUCGGUUUUGUAUCACUGGGACCAAAUCAAUGAAUGUUGGCACUUCUGAACCAGUAUUUAAGUGUGUUCGCCAUGUUUGGAAAAGACGAUGAUCUCUCCUAACAGGAAAAUUUCUGUUUAGAAUAAAGAAGCAUAGACAUAUUAUUUCCGUAAUGCACAGGAGGAGGAUAUGGAUGUGAAUAAUCUAUACCGCAAUGUUUUGUAGAGGUUUUGGGUUUAUAAGAAAACACUUGCAUCCAAUUUAGGCUCUUUGUUUCAUCAUUUUUUUGGUUUGCAAUAUAUUUUUCUGCUUCUAGCAAAGUUUAGAUAAAAGGAUGGGGCUACACUAGUGCACUGUGAGGAAAUAUGCAAUGUUCAGCUGGAGUAAAUAUUUCAGAAGGAGCAUAAUUGUGACUUGCUGCCCACUGCACAGUUGGUGCCUUUCUUAUCUCUUCCUGUUGGAAAGACCCUUGAUGGGUUACAAGCUUCAGUGAGUGAAAACAGGCUGUCAGCUUCUUACAGUACCAAGAAACUAUAUGGUGAAGUUUUUAAGUAAUGUGUCCUUUUUAUGUAUGGAAAAUAUGAUCAUUGACUUUCUCAGACAUAGGAAAUACUUUUCUUUUUCAGGCAAAGAAUAAAACUCGUGGUUUUUUUUUUAAUGGUCAAGCUUGAAAAUAGAAUCUUGAAACUAAAAAGUACAAUCAAUUGCUGAUUUUUUUGUUUGUUUUGUAUUCCACAACCAUACACAUGCAAUAAAAAGGCAGUCGGUCAAAAUAA